AUGAAAACACUAGAAAAAAAGUUAAAGUUACUCAAUUUUGAUGAAUCGUUUGAUAUUGAAAAGGAUGAUUUUUAUUUCCUUAUUUUAAAAAUAGAAGAAGAAAAAAUUCGCCUAUAUAAGCCCAAAGAACGAGAAAAAAUUAAUUAUAGAAAGGAGAAGAAUUAUAUUGAGCAUAUUAUAAAAUAUUUAAAAAAAUUAAAUAUCAAUAUUGAAAAUAUUAAUAAAAAUAAUAUGAAUGAUUUACAUGUAAGAACCUACAUAUUAAAUAAUUUAACAACCUUAGCAUUGAUUGAUGAAUAUAAAGAUAUAACAAAUUUUGAUGAUGAUGAUGAUGAUGAAGACAUACAAGAUAUAGAGAAUGGACAUAACCAUUUACAAGAUGAUGAAGAUAAUGAUGAUCUUUUAAUAAAUUUCUUUGAACUUAAUUAUUUAAAAUUACAUUCAAAUGAUGAAAGUCAAUAUAUAAAAGAAAAUACAUUUAAUGUAUUAAUAGAAAAAAUUAAUGAAAUAUUCAAACAUAAUAAUAUUCCAUUACUAAAUAUAAAUAAUAUGGAUAGAAAUUAUAUAAACAUUUCUUAUGUUAUAUCUGCUUUAAAAUUGAUAAAAGAAAAAUUAAAAAACAAAUCAAAAACAGAUAAUACAGAUUAUGAACAUUUAUUCUCAUUAAAUAUAAAUGUAAAGGAUGAUGAAUUAAAAGAAUUUGUAUAUAUAAUAAGAUAUUUAUUUAAUGAACAACUUAAAAAAAGAAAGAUAGACAUUAAAGAAAUUUUAAAUGAUAUACAAACCUUAACGUAUAAUCCGGUCAUAGACAUAAAACAAGGUCGACUUGGAAGAUAA